AUGUCAUUCUUCUUCAAAUAUUCUGUGGUUCUGCAGACUAUCAAGGCGCAGAAGAAGGGGAUUGAGACCUUGUUCAGAUCUCAAAUGCAUUUCAUAAUUCAGAAUAUUAAGAAGACAGCUCUGCUCUCUGAGCAUGUCAAUCUGCUUAUCACUGAGAUGAAACCUGAGACAGCAGACCAGGAAAUGCAGGAUUUUGAGAUGCAGAUUAACCUGGCUGAGAGAGAGCAGUGA